CUUCUCUAUCGAAGGACUUUCUGACGUCCAGCACGUCAUAGCAGCAGCUGCCGCACCUCUCCUGACCGUCCACUAUUCGAGAUCUCUACUCACCUCUCUUUGCCCUUGCCAUCCUGCUCUCGUGUGCCCUUCGCCUUCACAAUGCCUCUGGGAGCACUCACCGGCACUGAUGCAGGGCUGUUCGAGGCUCAGGGCGGAGACAUCGGCCGUGUCAGGUGAGGCACCAGAUGCACACCGACAGAUCUACGUGACGCGUGCGUGAUGGCUGUUGCCUGACUCUCUGUGUGCUGCUGCUGUGUUCAGUGUGGGUGUAGCGAGUCGCCCGAAGGUGUCCCUUCCGGCAGCGUCCGUGCAGGAUGACAGCAGUGACGGGUUCCUCCGCUUCCCGGCCGGCACCCUGCAGCGAGUGAUGAAGGAGGGCAAGGGCGCCAAGCCGUCCGUCGACCAGAAAGUCCGAAUCGACUACAGCGUCUGGUACGCACCCAACCCACACACACAUAGAAAAGACACACCCACGGUUGCCUGUACACACAUUUCUGUUCCUCUGUGCGUGUUGUGUGGUGCAGGUAUGAUGCGUUCGACGGUGAGAAGAAGUUGGUCGACAAGCGGGCGCUGGAGAGCCGUGUGUCGGACACUCCCCGUUGGCUGCAGGAGACUCUGCUGUCGAUGCGGCUGGGGGAGCGGCGGCGGAUUGUGCUGCCUGGCGGACAUGUGAGCGGCGCUAAGGGUGCGAGAUACGUGCAGAUACAGCUGGUGCAGAUGCGCGUGUCCGCCGGGAUCAUCCAGUUUUGAUCCCACGUCACUCACACCGCCUCACACCGACAUGUGGUAGCUGUAGCUGGUCCAUACAUACACUACUGGCCACUUCUCCUGUUUCGACCACGUGCGCCCUGUGCACCCGUCGUUUUUCCCUUACCUCCCCUCAUCCGCCAUUCAUUUACCGAUGCACAGGUAAUCAUCCUAUCACUUUCUGUGCCUGUGCAUCUGGAUAGGUACAUGCACCAACAUCUACGCACAAACACAUACAUGAGUUCUUUGAUGAACCGCCGCCUGCCGAUUUGGGGGCGUGUAGGGAGUGUUCGACUGCAUACCACAGCACAGCACAGCACAGCACAGCACAGCAAGGCACCAGGCGCUUUUUCCCGGUGCGUCCGUCAGCUAGUACACACACACAAGUACGUACACUCUUAUCGCUAUGCAUGGAUGAGCGUGACUUUCCUGAGAUGAUUUGUUUGCUUCAAGUAAUGGCAAGUGCAUACACACAUACGUACGUCCCCCAUCUGGAUGUGUCCGUACCGUUGUCUAGCGCUCAUUCCCCUGCCGUUGAUGUGAUGUGAUGGGUGGGGGCAUUGAUGUUUUCCCUUGGGAGCAGGCACUGACACUGACACUGACACUGACUCGUG